GCAUACCACCGAUCACUCAUCGAGGGAGCCCUGGAGAAGAGAGCGCGAUGGGAGCGCCGAAGCAGAAGUGGACGUCGGAGGAGGAGGAGGCGCUGCGCGCCGGUGUGGACAAGCACGGCGCCGGAAAAUGGCGCACCAUUCAGAAGGACCCUGAGUUCAGCCACUUGCUCGCAACUCGCUCCAAUAUCGAUCUCAAGGACAAAUGGAGGAAUUUGAGUGUUAGUGCAAGCGGCCAAGGCUCUAGAGAGAAAUCAAGGACACCAAAGCAUAAGAGUAUUCUGGCCAUUCCACUAUCUUGCUCUCAGGGUCAUGUUGUCUCUGCCACAACCAAAGAAGAAGGAAUGCCGGCAGCCAUGGACCCAAUGAAGAUCUCCCAAGAUGGGAAAACCAGUCUACGGUAUACUCAGCUAAUAACCGAAGCUCUUAAAGCUAUGUCAGAGCCAGAUGGAAUGGAAAUUGGUGCCAUUUGUAAAUACAUCGAGCAAAGGCAUGAAGUCCCAUCAAAUUUCAGGAGGUUACUGAGUUCAAAGUUAAGACGAUUCAUUAAACAAGAUAAGAUAAUUAAGGGCCGAAAAGGAUACUUGCUGAAAGAAUCAUCCUUAGCAACAAAAACCCCUAGCCCCAAGCAAAAAGAUCCGGCUCAUCACCGACCAAAAAUACAAAACAAUUCUGGGUUGUGCAGCUCCAUGAACUCAAUCGAGGAUGCUUCCAUAACAGCAGCGUACAGAAUUGCAGACGCAGAGGCUAAAGCAUACCUCGCAUCUGAAGCAAUGAAAGAAGCAGAGAACAUUGCGAAAAUGGCCGAGGACACAGACUCAUUGCUAUUGUUGGCAAAAGAGAUAUACGAGAAAUGCAGGCAAGGUGAAGUCAUUAGCUUGGCGUAAUGUGGACCUUAUUGUGCAUCUUUGGUCAGGACCUUCAAGCAGUGCUCCCGGUUUGGCUGUGUGAACUCUUCAAGUAAUAAAUUUCUUGCAUCAAUUACCAUCUGAGAAUUAUGUGGUUUUCAGGUUGUUUUUAUUGUAACUUUGGUUGCUAGGGAAACACAUGUAUUUUCAGACCUAAAUGUAUAAUAUAGCUCCCUCUGUAUAAAAGAAAUUCUCUUCCAUUAGUCAGACAUCUAUGCUAUUUUCACUAAAUAAUCACA